UGUGGACCUUUUAUUUCCAACAUUCAGAGGUGAUAGAUGGAUUCGCCCAUUAUGAAUAUUAUCUCUGGGACUAAAUUAACUUUAUGUGCCACAGCUUUUUAUAUAAUUCUCUACCCCAAUAGCUAAUGGACUUAAAAAAUCUGUUUUAUUCUCCAAUUUAUAAUGCCACUUCAUGUUUCAUGGCCAUAUUUUAUAAUUUUAGUAAGUAGUUUGAAUACAAUUUUUAGUACAUUUUCUCGGGCAUCAACAGAAUGGUUGCUGGACAUGAAGCUUCAGCAGCACCUACAAACGCCCACCAUUCUCCAUCAAUUGCCAACUACUCACAUAGAAUAAUGUUAUCAUUCUCACGUAAGCGGUAUUUGCUGACGGGCCUUUGUUAAAGUCGUUUUGAUGUGUUGUGAUUUUUUUUAAUGCAUUAUUUAUGAUUAUUAAGCAAGUCCCGCUAGAGCGUGCUAGAGUACCUGUGGUAGACAUGUUUGAUGUACAAAUUUAGAAAACAUUACAUAAUGUUAUAACACAAUCUACUGGUCGUCGUUGCUAUGCCUCCCUUCGUCUAGAACGGUAUAGAACAAUUCAAUACCUAACAGUCGCAACCCCAUAAUUGGCACGAGCAGACAAAACUCAAUAAUCAACCUAAUGAGCUCAGCAUGCGUAAGCGACGGAUUACGACGUUUGUGUGUUCUUCAGCGGCGUUCAGCGGCAUGUGAUAGGUGUGCCAUCUGUUGCGUUUUAUUGGUACUACUGUAUUUGUUUGCGGUUUCCUUGCGUUGCAGAUAAAGCGAAAUGUGAAGUGAAGGUUUUCUGAGCUUCAGGGUGCAUGUUUAUCAAAACCAAUAAGCGUAUGAUAUAUAUUCAGCGUAAUUAAGGUUGCGUGACAUGGAGGUUAUGGAGUCUGAAAAACCGCCGAAGGAGAGAGGAAGCAUGGUGACUUCUGCAGUUUGUAGCAAGCAAACUAAAGAUAGUGAUGAUCGUGGUGAGGAAGGUAUAGGUAAAACAGCCGAAAUGCAUAAUGGUGGAGAACAGGUUGGUACUUCUGAUGAUAGUGUAGGCGAUUUAAAGACAAAAAAGAAAGAGAAUGAAAAUACCAAAAGUUCAGAUGCACCGGACUCCGAAUAUGCUUCAAACACCGAUGAGAAAUGGCAGUUGCAUCUGGAUCUGUCGGAUUCAGCCAGCACUUCAGAUAAUGAUGGGAGCGAAGUUGAAGCCAAUGAAAGGAAUGGAGGGAAUCUUCGGAAGCAGCACGAUAACAGUAGUCCUUCCAAUGAAGCUGAUGCUGAUGAUUGUAAGGACUUUCUUGGCUUUGAGAUGGGAGCAUCAGCAGCACAGGAUUCUGGAAUGGUUUUGACCAAGCUUAUUGGUCUUGCAGAGUCUGCGUUGAAAUGUGAUAAGAUAGAUCCAUGUGGUGCCAGCACAUCCCAUGAUUUCAAAGAAUUUGAAACAAGGAUGGGAGCUAAUGAUUCGGAAUUGAAAUUAGCUCCUUGCAGUGUUGUCUCCUUAUCACAGAUUUUCUUUGACCAUGAUAAUGAGAUGGAUGUAGAUGACUGUGAGAGCAUCAAAUUCACAUUGAAGUUACUUUCCAAUGCAGAUAUGUAUAGACUAAAAGAGGAAGCAAUGGAUGAAGAUAGUUCAAGCAGAGACAACGUGGAUGAUCUAGAAAGUGGGAUAGUAGUAGGUAGAAGUAGUCAGCCACAUGAGGGUUCGUUUAUGACCAAAGGAGUCAAAAUUUAUUCUGGUGUUAAUAGAAGUUCUGAGAUAAGGAAGAAGAAGAGGAAGAAAGCCAAAGAGAAAGACAAGUUAAAAGAAAAUGAAUAUACAAGCCUGGUGGAUAUGAAGAUGUAUGUGGAUGUGUCGGGCUCUGCUGAUAUAGGUACUACAGUUAAGGCUGAAUUUGCCUCAGGUGUAGGUACUGCUAGUGAAGAUAUGUCAUCAGAAGUGACCAGCUCUGCAGCAAGCAGCCCAUCAGUUAGCUCUCGAAGCAGCUUCAAAAUGUCUGGUUCGGGUGCGAGAUACAGUCGUGGAGAUUCCCCUGCUCUGUUUUCAAGUGGAGGAAAAGGGAAAAAGAUCUUCGUGGACCUGUCUGAUCCAGCUUUACUCAAACCAUUCGAGUAUGGUUGGAAGCGAGAAUUAGUGUACCGUAGCACAAGUGAAUCAACACCCAAGAAGAUGGCUGAUAUCUAUUAUUACACACCAGCAGGAAAGAAGGUGCGGUCAAAUCGUGAGGUGCUGGAGCACUUGGAUUCAGGAGACUUAACCAUUGAAAAUUUUACAUUCUGCAAAGAAGUGUUAGGAGUCAAUGACCCUACGAAAGAGAUCAUCAGAGAUGCAAAGAAGAUUGUGCCCAAAGAUCCCAAUGCAACACAAGCAAAAAAGGCUGCAAAACUGAAGUCAAAAAUGAUAUCUUCUCCAUUGCAUGAGGCAGUGAGCUCUAGCCCCAUUUCACAGGUUUCAAAAGGCUCACAGCAGGGACGAACUGUACCACCAAAAGCAUUUCCAAAGAUAAAGGUGUCUUCUGUGAAACUACAGAGGCUACCAGUUAAACAGAAAAAGAAUGAAAGUUCAGAGGAUGGAGAAAUGGAGAUAGGAAUGUUGCCACCCAUGUGGAGCCCAAGUGACAGCCCAUUUCUGAAAAAAUCCACAGGGAGCCCCCAGACAGUCAGUGCUGUUAGCUGGUCAGCAAAGAGUGGCAGCAGAAAGAAGUCCAACAAUGAGCCCUGCUCAAUACGCUGUGUAGGAGUUAUGGGCCUUAUUCCAUCGCUCCAGUGCCGAGUCUGUUUAUGUUUGUAUCAUCCUGAAUGUGUGGGACUGGGUACUAUCUCUGAGACCAUCCAUAGCUACGUGUGUAAGAAUUGUCAGCAGGAUGCGAAAGAUGGAAAACCAGCAUCUGCUGUGAAGCUGGCUAAUACAUCAAGCUCCAAACUGGCUACUUCAACUGCUCCUCCACCACUAACCCCGAUCAGUGCUCUUGGGGCAGGAAGUAAGGCUAGUCCAAGUGACACUACUUCAGGCCAGUCUCCCACGCCAUCUUCCUCUCCCCCAAAGCUACAGCGUUUGCCACGCAUGGGUGAGUCUGGCAAACUCAUCACUGUCCCUCGUUUUGUUAAAGUGCCUAGAAGCCGUGAAUCUGUCCUUGCUCCUCAGCAAGGGCAGAAAGGGACUGCUGCAAACAAGGGCACUAUUGUGGGCUCUGUUACCACAUGGCUUCCACCAUCAUCCACCAUUCAGUUGAGUUCCACUGGAGUUGCCAAAACUUCUUCAAGUGCUGUUUCACCAUCACUCAGUAGCUCUGUCUCUUCAACAAGUACCAUAAGUGACCCCUUGACAUCUCCUCCAACCCCUACCAAUGUUCAAUCCCUUGCUCGAGUGGGUAGUAAAAAGUAUAUUGUUGUUCCAAAACAUAAUGUUCUGUCUGUAUCUCCAGCCAUGGCUGCUACAGCCACAACACCCACUUCAAAAUCCUCUAUGCAAGUAGGUGAUGCUUCUCCUUUGGGAGAUAAGGCGCCUGUAGCACUCUCAUCUAGUUUGGUUCUCACAAACGCAACUGGCCGUGCUACCACUGUUCUUGGUGCCACCCAAGGCCUUAUUGGACAGCCACAAGUCCUUAUGCCAUGUUCAGCUUCUGCCAAUGGUGGACAGACUGUCAGUCUAGUGCAGGGCUCAGCUCCUCUCACAAAUUUUGUGACUACUGGGAGUCCUGUUUUACCACAACCAUCAGCUUAUCUUGUGAGCAGCGGAGUUCCUGGAGGUCUUCAGAAUCCUCCAGGCGUGUUACUUGUUCCUUUUAUGGGAUCAGGUUCAACCUUCAUACCCACAUCAACAGCAGGUCAGGAUGGUGUGGCAAGCAAGAACUCCCAGCAGCAACAACCACAAUAUUUGAUUGUCAAUGGCCCUCCAGGCUUUCAGGCAGGCAACUUCAUUAUUGGCAAUCUCCAGCAGACAUUGAAACCAACAGAUACAUCGCCCAAGACUGGAGACUCAGCAGAUAACACAGUGGAGGGACAGGCCAGAGAUGCUGAGGAUAUCAGCACAGGGAAGCACAAGUUGGCUGGUCAUGAAUCUGAUGGCCCUCCUGCAAAGCGGUCAAAGAGCAGCAUCCCUCCUCAGGGACAUGGCUUGGAAACAGAGAGACACUUCAUGCAGUAUUUCAUGAUGAAUGUAUGUGCUGGCUAUUCAUCUCUGCUCCAUGUAUUCCAGUACCUGAAGGUACAGGAAUUGCUGCGUGCAGCCAGGGUGUGUCGCAUGUGGCAUGAUAUGGCUUCACAUCCUUCACUGUGGCGAACUGUGAGGAUGAAGAACUCACAUGUUGGUGAUUGGGAAGGUCUUGUGAAGAGUCUGCAGAGGCAUGAGACACAGCACCUUGACCUGCGCAAGAUGCUCGUACCAAAUGAAGACACCGGUUCCAUGUGGGAUAAGUUUUGUAGCGCUAUCAUUCAUGCUACAAGCCUGUCACGUUUAGACUUGUGUCGAUGUCCUGCUCGAGUGGUUGAGAAGGUGGCAGAGUCUUGCCCGCAAUUGAAAAUAAUCAAUGCAUUAUCAAUCAAAUGUUCGAAUAUUAACCUUCAGUGUGUAGGAAAUCACAGGAAUCUACAAGAACUGCGGCUCAAAAGCCUGUCAGGUAUUCGUCUCAGCACCACUUUGGCAGCCCUUAAGCAACUGUCUAGUCUCAAACACUUGUCACUAACAACAUUCAAGGAACUAGGGAAGAUGGAACCCAGUGUUCUUGGCUCCUUGAAGAAUUUGGAGUCACUUGAACUUGGUGAAUGCUGUGACUUUCCUCCUGAAUUUGGACCUGAAUCACUUUCACGACUGAAGAAACUGGAACGUCUGCGUCUGGAGAAAGGACAGGGGAAAGACUGUCCAACCUUCAGUAUUUUGGCUGGAAUUGCAGUCCUUCCCAAACUGACACACCUUGAACUUGUCAACUUUGAUGUGAAACCUGGCUUUGAUAAGGCUUUGGCUCAGUGCACCAAUAUCCGCAGAUUGCUCAUCAUUCCAACAUAUGUGACACAGUCAGCUACUACAAAUCACAUGGUUCUGAACGGUGUGAAUCAUCUGUGCAACUCACUGACACACUUCGUUUGGGGAGUGACUCACGAGCUCUUACGGGUUACAGAGCUCUUCGUUGAUCAGUGUGAGGGUCAAAAGGAUAACAAAACUCCUCCCAGCAAAGCUGGAAAGAAAUCCUCAGGCAGUGACAGUAUUCCAAUCCUGAAACCAAUCCAGAUCAAGGAUGACUGUCAGACGGAUAAGUUAAAUGAUCAAGAGAAUGAGAUAGAAAGCAACAGGAAUGGCGAUACCAAAACUGCAGAAGACUCUGAAGACAGAGAUGAAUCUGAUGAUGCAAAAGCCUCUGCUGCAGCCCCUCAGGUGGAAAUUCUCCCUCUCCCAAAAUUGCAAAAACUCCUCACUUCAUCUCUCCCAAAGACUAGAGUAAAGAUUCUGAAAAUUCCAUUCCAUGCAACAUGGCGUCAGACCAUUUCCGAACCUGCUCUGUGAGAAAGCCAGCCUGACUUUGGAUGGCCUUACUGUUAUUAAUGGCUUAAAUUCAAUAACAGUAUUUUCCUUUACUGAUAAAAUUAUUACAGUUCAUCAUGUAUAAGAUGCAUGAAACAUUCAGUUGUAAAUAUAUGCUGAAUGUGGGAAAAUUAGAGUUUCUACAUUGUUAAAUGGAAAGUCAAGUUGAACUAGGCAGUUUACAGUUUGUAGCAGUGUUGUUCUUUAAGAGGUGUGUAGGAUAUAUAUAUUAUUAUUAUUAUACCGUGGUGUCUGUAACUGUAAGUACAAAUUUGCCUGCAGACCCCUUUCUACAAUAGCAGCAGCAGUAGUAAUAGUAGUGGUAGUAGUAGUAGUAAUAGCAGCAGCAGCAGUAGUAGUAGUAGUAGUAGUUUUUAUAUAUGGCUUGCUGCAGUUGCAGAACUUUUUAACACAAAUCAGGAACAUCAAGAAUUGUAGUGUUAGAACAAUCAAUAUUAGUUAAUUAGUACCAGAGUUUGGCAUAGAAUGUAUCAUAUACAUUUCAUUAGAACAUGAGUUAAUUUUAGAAAGGACAGCACAGCUUUUAAACUGGAGGAGUAUGUAUCUCAAAUUGGAUUUAGAAUUAGGUGUGCUGUGAUGAAUCUUUUAAAAUGGACAUGAUUUGCAACUUGACCUAUGUGGACUAUAAAAGAAACGUCUGUUGAAAUAUAGUGGAACUGAAGAUGACAGGAGCUAUGGGCAAGGAAACAAGUGAUACACAUGGAAGUUACGCAGGGUGGUUUGAGGCUUAUGUUAAAAAAAACUGUUGAAUGGGCUCUUGUCAUAUCAGAUGGUUCUUGUUUGUGAAAAGUGUCUCGAAAAAAGUUUAAAUUGUUUAUGUUAAUGUGUCAUUUUUAUUACUGUGACUAUACUUAAUUUGAUCAGCUGUUACACAGUCUUUUGCUGUCAUGAUAACUUGUUUAAGUUUGUGUGGAUUGUGGCAACAGUUAACAGAAUCUUAGACAUUGUGAGUUCACAAAUUUUGUGACUCACUCUCAUAAGUGGAUGUUUAGAUCUGAACUGAAUUCUACAAAUGUAAGUUUAUUUCCAGUUACUUAUGAAAUAGAUUUGGGUUCCAGUUCUAGUUUCCAUUUAGAAGAAGCUCAGUGAAAAUCUUCAGCCUGUUCUUAACAGUGCUAUUAUUUUAUAAAAAUGAACUUGAAUCUGAAUAUGCCAAACAUAUGUAAUACACAAUAAAUAUUUCAAGGUGUUAGAUGGUCAUGUGGACUGUUGUGUAUAAGAUAUUUCAUAUUUUAUUGUCCACUUCAUAUCCUUAUACUUCUAGAUCUUAAAAUCUUCCUGAAUCAUGAUACAUGAGCAAAAUCUGCCUUUUCUAAAGAGUACCAUAAGUGUUAGUACUUUAUUCUGUGUCAAGACAGUAGGGCAGUAUUUGAUGUAUACAGUAUACUGUUAAUAGUCCUUUGAAUAUCCAGUUUGUGACUUACCCAUAUGCCUUUUAGGUACAUUUGCAACCCUACAGAGAGCCUAUUAAGUUUGCUCAAUUCAGUGAAAUGGAUGGAUUAUCAUGAAAUUUGAUAUUCAAGAAUUUUUUAAAAAACUGUUUAUUCAUUUAAAUUUUCAUUUAGAUUGGACAAUUUUAACAACCACUUUACAUGAAGACCUAUAUUCAUUUCUGUGCUUAUAUCAAGUGCAACUCGCUAAAUACUUAUUGGCAUGAAAAAUGUUUCACACAAGUGUUUUAGGGAAACAUGAAACACAUAUUUUACAUUCAACACAUUCUCUGUAUGUUGUGAGCUUUCUGACAUAAUAUGCAAAUCAGAUUCUAUCUGUACAUUUUCUAAUUUAUAUAUUAAAAGCAGUUGCUGUAGUCUCCUGAUCAUACCCAAAACUUGGGUUAUCUGUGUUCUUUCUUCUUAUUUGUGCAUCUUUCCCCCUUCUUAGCUCAUAUAACUGGGAGUAUACUGUUUUUGAUAAGUUACUUACAGAUGUGUUAACAUAGUUGAAUAAGUAAUGAAGUAUGGUAUAAUAAUAAUGAGCUUUAAUGAGAAAAAUCUGUUAAAAUUUCUCAAAGGAAUUUGUAAUAUUUCACAAUUACUUUGAUGUGGAAUUCUGUAUGCACUUUGUAUAAAAGUUAUGGCUUGACAACACCUACAUACAUAUGUACAUAUUGAUGCACCUCCAUCUAGUGCUGAGGUCAAGAACAGUAGCACUAUACCUUCACUUUCCUAUAUAUCAUCGUGGCCUGAUCCUUAAUUAAGCAAGCACAGGGACAGGAGGGGGAAGAGCACUGUAAUGGGCCAUAUUUGACAGGCUGAUGUUAUCGGUGGUGUAUAAGAAUCAUCUUAGCUUGGCCUUCUAGAGAUGAGCAGUGUUUUGAUGCAGCAGUAGUUUCACAGCAGAAAAGUAUUGAUGAUGAUCUUCAAACGUUCUGUCAUACAUAAUUUAAAUUAUGUAUGGAGGUGGUAGGCACAUAUUUUGUAAUUUAUACCCAUUAAUGUGAAUAUGAAAAGCACAAGAAUAUAAUUUUGAAUCCAGGAUUCAAGUAGCAAAGAGAUAAGUAUACUAUGCAUCACAUUUAUCUGUGGCAUAAGAGAGAGAAAUGGCCAUUAGACAGUUUUCAAAUAAAUGUUAUCAAAAUGGACGGACAUUUUUUUUUGUAGACUGCUUAGUUACAUAAUAUCAAGUCUGAAAUUUAUGUAUUUGUAUUUUUAACAUCACAGUUUUAGGUUGCUAAGCUUAUUCAAAUAAAACCAUUGUCAGCUGAGUACCCAUUCACAUAUACUAAUGAAUAGUUGCUUAAUCAGCCUUCAAAUAAUAACUGAUGUUCUGACAGCUAAAAUUUAUAAAAUCGUUACUCACUUUUCAUCAUUUAAGUAUUAUGGGUUGUAU